AGUUCUUAUCUUCUCCUUCCAUACAUCAAGACUCCUUACCAGUGAAAGGCUCAGUGGAAGUUUAAUAUAGUGGUACAUUGGUAGUACGCAUAGCCUUAUGUCCUUACUGCUGAGUCCCUGCUUUAAUCGUAAUGACCCAAUUUAGGCAGUUUAACCUUAAAUAUUCACAAAUAUCUCUUAAGGAAGCUUCCCUUGAACUCCUCAAUGUAUAGCAGAUUGCUUGAAAAAAAAAUGGAUCUUAGUAACGUGGACCUGGAAGAGUUCUGACAAAGGAGAGCGAGUGACAUGGAUGUGUGAUUGACAGAAUCCCAAGACCAAAGAACCAUGGCAUUGAUGGGGAUAGAGAUCAUAGCUAUAACGUUUCUGCUUCAUGGCAUGCCAAGUAUCCUAAAAGGCACAAGAGUGGCAGGUAAUGUUUUUGAUGUGUGUACGACGUGUCACCCCAACGCCACCUGCGAUAAGAAGACUGAUGGAAGUGGAGGCUUUGCCUGUAACUGCGUAUAUGGCUUCGUAGGGAAUGGAAGAACCCAUUGUGAAGAUAAGGAUGAAUGCCAGAUUGGUGCAAACGCCAUCUGCGGGGAUCACACAGUCUGCCAUAACACCCACGGAAGCUUCUACUGCACAUGUCUCUCAGGAUAUGCCCCGACCAACAACAAGGCCAUUUUCAUUCCAAACGAUGGUACAUAUUGUCAAGAUGUUGACGAAUGUCAGUUUCAAGGCAUAUGUGGUGAGGGUGGUCUGUGCCGAAACACAGACGGAGAUUUCGAGUGUGAAUGCCAGGUCGGGUACCGUGUGCAGGGUGGAACCCUUCCGUUUCACCCUGUCAGAGAAAAGGCCUUCUGCAAAGCUGUUGACUGUGGACUUCCACCUUCAGUCCAACAUGCCGUUCAACUCUCACCCCUUCACACUCGUUAUGGGAGUGUAAUUAGCUAUGGCUGUCAGAAGGGCUUCCUGUGGAGAGAAGGGGACAACUCAUCAGUUUGCGCACCAGAGGGGAAGUGGAGAGGCCCAAGUCUUAUUUGUGAGGAGGUCCACUGUGGUGAGCCCCCUGCCUUUCCACACUCUAGUUUUGUCUGGGAUAGAAACACCAGGAUGGGGGCCGAGGUGCGUUAUGAGUGUGAGGGGGGCUUUCGUCACGUAGGACCAGCGAGCGUCGCGGUUUGCACAGCUGGUGGGCUCUGGAGCCGCCCCAGUCUACAGUGUGAAGAAAUAGUAUGUGGCAAGCCUCCGGUUGUCCCUAAUUCACAAAUGUUGUGGAAUAGACACACUAGUGUUGGCACUAACGUGUUUUAUGAAUGUGAGGAGGGAUAUCACAAAGUGGGUACUGGCAACAUAUCAGUUUGUACUGAAAACGGAUUGUGGAGUGAAGUUUCAUUCAUAUGUAAAGUGGUGACUUGUGGAGAUCCACCUCUGCUGCCACAUGCUGGACAGGUGUGGAAUGGCAGCAUAACGGUUGGCAGCACUGUUAUGUAUUACUGUAAUGGUGGCUUUUAUUAUGUGACGGGAACAAAUAUUUCUGAAUGUUCUGCUGACGGUUAUUGGACAAAACCAACAGUGACUUGUGAAGAGAUUGACUGUGGUGUUCCCACUGUCUGGCCACACUCUUGUAUGUUGUGGACUAAAGCCAGCCAGAUGGGAGCCAAAGUGUUUUAUGAGUGUGAUGUUGGAUACUAUAAUGCAGGACCUGAAAAUGUCUCAGUUUGUACGGUUGAUGGUGUAUGGAGUCCCCCUAAUGUAGUUUGCCAAGAGAUAUCAUGUGGAAAUCCUCCUGCUAUCCCUAACUCAAAGACAGUAUGGGACCAAAACUCUACAUUUGGCGGUAAAGCCUUUUAUGAGUGUGAAGUUGGAUACCACAACGUGGGACAUGGAAAUGUCUCAGUGUGCAUCAUAAACGGACUGUGGCAGGAAGCAUCUGUGAUAUGUCAAGAAAUCAGUUGUGGUCCACCUCCUGUCAUACAACAUACUAACAUGCAAUGGGACAACACAAGUGGACUGGGGAGUGUGGUUCAAUAUACAUGUAAAGAUGGCUAUAACCAGGAAGGGCUGCGAAGCUUUUCUACUUGUACAUCCAGUGGAGAGUGGGAUAUUGCCUCAGUAACAUGCAAAGAGAUUGACUGUGGUGCUCCCACGGCCUGGCCACACUCUCGUAUGUUGUGGACUAAAGCCAGCCAGAUGGGAGCCAAAGUGUUUUAUGAGUGUGAUGUUGGAUACUAUAAUGCAGGACCUGAAAAUAUCUCAGUUUGUACGGUUGAUGGUGUAUGGAGUCCCCCUAAUGUAGUUUGCACAGCGAGAUGUGGCCAUGUACCUGAGAUAGCCAACGCAGAGCUGGUGUGGGAUAAUGAGAGUACGGCCAUUCAUCGCUGUGUGGAUGGAUACUACAGCCAGAGCGGAAUCAACAUGUCCAUGUGUGGGGCAGACGGGAGGUGGCAGGCUGCAACAAUGCAGUGCAGAGAAAUUAGGCAUGGAAUCAGUCACUUAGAAGUGUUCAAUGAAAGAUGUCUACGCUGGGUCUCUGAUGGCAAAAAGGAGGAUUACAAAGUUGUACUUGUUGGCCGUAGAGACUAUCAAAAGUCAUUUGUUGAUACAAGGAGGAAUGCCUUCAACUCUACAGAUUUCAGGCCUCAGGUCUGCUUGAAACUGCUGCCGGCUACAAACUACACCAUCAGCAUCACUGCUGUGUUAGCCAGCUCCUCCAUCAACAUCACAACCAACACCACCAUCCAAGCUGCCCCAGUCCCAGAGGUAAUGUUUAGGGACGUUGAGGGACCAGUGCCAACUCUUUGGUUGCAUAGGUCUGUCCACACCCUGGACCCAAUCUGCCUGUAUGAGGUGUUUGUGCUACCAGUAGAGGGCACUCUGGUGUUUGACUGCAACUCCCCCAGAAGUCCACAUUUCCCCAAAGACAGCAGUUGCCAUGGUGAAUAUGUAGCAGCCCAGAUCCAAGUCAGAGAUGUUGGGAAAGAGCUGAACUUCACUGUUGGGGAUGAACAACACUAUGGGGGUUUUUAUAAUGCUCCUUUGGAGAAUGGAAAAGAUUACUACAUCAUAUUGAGGACUGUGUGCCAGUGGGGACAGAACAGUAAACACUCAUGUGUCAUAUGGGCAAAGGCAAGAGGGACAUCAUACAGGAUGAGAAUGUCAGCUGUUGUGGCUGCUGGAACCAUUGCAGUCAUUGGCUGUGUUGUUCUAAUAGGAUUUUUUUAUACCGGAUAUGUCAAGAAUUGAUAGCCAAUACCCUGAAUUAAGACCUCAUGUUUUACAUUGAUGUCCAUUUUAAAAGUUUGUAAAUGCAUUUUUAAAUAAAAUUACAAUAAAAAAUCAAA